AUGCCCCACCCCGGCAUCGUCUACGACGUAGGCCUCAACUUCACCAACACCACCCCCCAAACCCUCUCCAUCCCCACCUUCAACCCCACCCACGUCGCUCACGACAUGCACACCAUCGCCGAAACCCUACACGCCACCGCCGUCCGCCUCGAAGGCGAGCCCCUCGACCGCCUCGCGACCGCCGCCCGCCUCGCCCACGCCGCCGGGCUAACCGUCUACUUCAACCCGUGGAAGAUGCACGCCGACGUCCCCGAGACGAGCCGGUACCUCCGUGCCGCCGCGAAGGUGGCCGAGCAGCUCCGCGUGCACGACGGACUGACCGACCUCGUCUUCGUGGCGGGGUGCGAGUACAGUAUCUUCAGUCGCGGGGUGUUUCCGGGGGAGACGUUCGAGGAGCGGGCGGGAUGGUUUGGGGGGCAUGGCCCCGCAAUCCCACUCCCCGUCCUCGCCAAAGCUCCGCUCCUGAACGCGGCGCUCCGCACCUUCAUGACCGAAAUUCGCACCCACUUCCACGGGCCCGUCACCUACGCCGCGGGCACCUGGGAGGCCGUGGACUGGGACCUGUUUGAUCUCGUCGGGGUGGACUACUACCGGCGGGGCGAGACGGCCUCGGAAUAUCUCGCGGGGCUGGAGCGGCACCGCGUGGUCGACUCCGACCCUAACAGCAACAACAAGCAGAAACACAAGCCCCUCGUGGUGAUGGAGGUCGGAUGCUGUGCGUACGAGGGCGCGGCCGUCCGCGGCGAUGGCGGCUUCGCCUUGCUCAAGGGCCGGAAUCCCGAUGGGAGCGGGGUGUUUGAGGGGGACAUCGUCCCGACGCGGAGCGAGCGCGAGCAAGCCGAUUACCUCGAGACGCAGUUGGGGUUGCUGGCCAGGGCCGAGGCGCAGGUGGACGCCGUCUUCGUCUAUGUGUUUGCGUUUCCCUGUAUGCCGGCCGGGGUCGGGGCGAGAGAUUUCGAUAUGAUGUGUUUCUCGUUGGUGAAGUACCUUCCGGAGGAGGAGAAGGGGCAUCAGGAGGAGAACAGGGUGGGAAUGCCUCGAUGGGUGCCGAAGGAGGCCUUUUUUCGUGUUGCUGAAUGCUUCCGGGCGAUGCGCGAGAAGUCGCAGCUGGGAGGUUGA